AUGGUGAGGGGUGAGCUAGAACUGGACUGGACAUGCUGCGCCUGUGACACUCCAGCUGAGCCGGAAACGUCUUUCACUGUUGAGGAGACGUUUCAGGAACCCGUGCCAACUCUAGAGGAUUCGGUAGUGGAGGAGGAGACCUCGCUCAACAUCACGGCAGAUGAUGGCAUCACCACCUACCACGAGGUUGACAGUAGAACUUCCAGAGGAAGACGGAAGCUCGUGGACAAUCAUGGAUUUUCGUGCACUCUGAAGAACCAGACCGGUGACCGUGCAACCUGGCGCUGCAGCAUCAGGAACAAGACUACCAGCUGUCCUGCGACUGUUCUACAGAAUGGAGAGGACUAUCGUGAAGGGAAGAAGGCACACGUCCAUCGACCACAGCCAGGGAUUCACCAUGCAAUCCAGAUAACGGCCAAGGCGAAGUCCCAAGCAUCUGACGAUGUCUUUACUAGAUCAGCAAAUCGGAUGGUGGAAGAUAUCAUGAAGGAGGCGCCAUUGCAAGCAACUCAACACUCCAGACCGAAGUUGAACAACCUCUUUCCUCCUCCAUUUCAGCUUGACGACAACUUUAUCGACCAGCACUGCCCCAACUUCUUCGUGAAAGAUAUCACCGUCGAGGGAAACAGGCAUCUGAUAUUUGCGACAGAGCGACAGCUUCUACUUCUCUCCAAGGCCAAGACCUGGUUUCUCGAUGCAACAUUCCGUGCAAUCAACAAACCCUUCAGCCAGCUCUUUAGUAUACACGCCUUUCUCCGGAGCGGUGAUAGCAUGAAGCAGGUUCCCCUGGUUUUCUGUGUCAUGUCCGGGAAGCGUCAAUUAGAUUAUUAUGCGGUCCUCAGGGUGAUAGAUCGACUGCUGCCGGAACACAUUAGCCUGGAGGGCUUCGUUGUCGACUUUCAGGCUGCUGUUUGGCAGGCCAUCCGUGAGCGGUUUGGGGACCAGUACUCCAUCCAGGGAUGUGCCUUCCAUUGGUCCCAGGCGCUGUUCAGGAAGGUUCAAGUUCAAUAUCAAUACACUGAAAUUGAACCUAUAUUGGUUAUGUACUCAACUGCUUCCGGUUUUAAUAAUAGCAGCAGGUAUGUCUGUAACGAUGUAACACAAAAGAAAACAAAAGAAUAUAUUGUUUAAAUUCAAUAGACCUAU